AUGGAAUAUCAACCUGGGAAAAGGGCGUCGGUUUCCUUUGGAAGCCCCAGCCAUAGUGUGCAUCAGAGUUACACAACGAGUCCGUUUAGCAGCGGUGUCAAUUUGGCUACCACUGCUGAGGGUGUUCCCAAUAACACUGGGGGAAGUGGUAGUGGUGCCAAUGGUGAGGAUGUGUUCAUGACAAAUAGGUCGCCAAUGUAUUCGCCUUUGGACUUCUUGCACCCGUUGUACUCACCUAACUAUUCUCAAUUGCAUCAGAUUAGAGCCGGCCUUAACAAUACAUUGAAGAAUAUGAACCAGGGAGUUGUGUGUGAGUAUGGAGCGCAUUUCCCACUUUAUGGUGUAGAUUGGAGUAUUGAGGACUACGUCUGUAUCGGGUCAUAUAAAGAAGAUAGCAGAAACAAAUUGCAAGUGAUUCAUUCACCUGACCUUUUCAAAUGGGACAAUGUAGCUGAGUGUGAUGUGAUAUACCCGGUAAGUAAUAUACAGUGGAUGCCCUCAGCAUUUCGUUCUAGGAAAAUAGCAACAGCUUCUGAUUCGCUAAGGAUAUGGUCUUUGAAUACUGAAGAAAACAAACUAGAAGAACAACUCAAUUUAUCUCUUUGCAAGUUUCAUAAACAGCACCCUAAUAAUAAAGCAUUCGUUGGUUUGAGUCAGAUUCCUACAAAGACAUCUGAUGUUAAUCCAUCAGUCUUGGGCGAAUUCCCUCCAAUAACAUCAUUCCAUUGGAAUCCUGUCGACACAAAUAUUCUGAUCUCAAGUUCCAUUGAUACGACCUGCAUAGUUUGGGACUUACAAAGUAGUAAUUACGUCAAAACUCAAUUAAUUGCACAUGACAGUGAGGUAUUUGACGUUAGAUUCUUAACUCAAUCAACACAAUUAUUCGCAAGUUGCGGUGGUGACGGUAGUGUGCGUGUGUUUGAUUUGAGAUGUUUAGCUCAUAGCACUAUUAUUUAUGAGCCCCCGGCUAGUGAACCUGGCACGGGCAAUAAUAGCUCAAGAAGCGACAGCACUGAUGAAAACUCUCAUGCUUUGUUAAGGUUAGAACCUUCGCCUCAUGAUCCAAAUGUUUUAGCCACAUUUGCUAUUGCUUCAAAUGAGAUUUUAAUUUUGGAUAUGAGAAAUCCAGACUCUCCACUAGUAGUUCUAAAUGGACAUAGUGCAUCAAUUAAUCAAAUUAAGUGGCAUCCAACAAAGAAAAACACGUUGAUAUCAUGUAGUGACGACUGUCAAGUUCUGUUCUGGGAUAUCAGUUCAUAUUUUGAUCAAGGAGCUGUAUCGCAUACAACUACACCAAGACCAGCUGCCAGUGGUGCUUCCAUGGAGGUUGAUUCAGAAGGUGACUAUUCCUACGAUGAUAGUGCAUCAAAGACGUCAUCGAUUAAGGCUACAAAACCGCUAUCAAAGGAUCUUGACGUACCUACAAUGUGUUACUCUAAUAAGACACACGAAAUUAAUAACAUUGUUUGGAGACCUCAAAGAGGUGAUUGGUUUGGAUGCGUAAGUGGGAAGAAGUUCCAAAAUGUCAGAACACCGUUGUAA